AUGGCGCUUGGAGUCGCAGGUCGUGGACCGGAGGUUCUGGGCACAUACGCCUUCUUCGCAGCCCUCACGACCGUUGCGAUUACCCUCCGACUCUACACCCGGUCAUGUAUUGUGAAAAAGCUGGGCCUUGAUGACUGGCUUGCUCUUGCCUCAUGGAUCUUCUUCAUACCUUGCUGUGCCUUCGCCAUUGCUGGGACUCACCACGGCACCGGACAGCACUCUUGGGAGAUCCUGCCCAUAUCAGAGAUACCGAAAGGCCUGAUGUUCUGGUGGCUAUGCGAGCCAGUCUAUGUUCUCGCCAACAUGUCCAUCAAAGCUUCCAUCGCCGUCAUGCUGCUACGCUUGACAGUUGAUCGCAUGCAUCACAUCAUCAUCUGGGCUACGCUUCUAGUCACCGAGCUCUACAGCAUCUACUUCUUCUUUUUGUUCGUCUUCCAGUGCCGGCCCUCUGCCUACUUCUGGACACGCUGGACAGGGAGCUCAGGGAGCUGCAUCGACACGAACAUCGUGGUCCGCUCCACGUACGGCUACUCCGCUGUUCAAUGCCUUACAGAUUGGAUCUUCGCUGUCCUGCCCUUCUUCCUUGUCUGGAAACUCCAAAUGACCAAACGCAGCAAAGUCAGCGUGGCUUUGAUUCUCUCGAUGGGCGCCAUCGCCUCCACGGCCACCAUAAUCCGCAUUCCUUACCUGCACACCAUGGGGGACGUCACCGACUUUCUGUACGCUACCACUGACGUGGCCAUUUGGUCAGGCGUCGAGACCGGGGUCGGCAUCACGGCAGCAUGUCUUGCUACCCUUCGGCCACUGUUCAGGGGCUGGUUGGCCAACACGCGCCGCACAACGAACGCUCUGACGAGACAUACCAGCCACAGGAACAGGCAGAUCAGCAAGCCUUUUCCGUGGGCUGGCGGCAAUGCGCACCAGUCACGAGGCUAUAUUCGCAGCCACAGUGCAGUCGGUGGCCGCCCGUUCAGUCCUGAGCACGAGACCAGAAUGGACGCACUGGGGAUGCGCGGCAUUCAGAAGACCACUCGUGUCAGCGUUGAGGCUCAAUACGGGCCGUGGGCGGUCGACCUGGAGCAGCAAGUGGACGAAGACAGCAGGGAUCGACACUCCCCAAAGACGUCUUCUUCCGUGGGCUCCAAGACCAGGAUACACAAGUGCCAUUUGGCGGGCAUGAUGCGGCCGUCGAGGGAAGAUGCGUUCUUUCACUCUCACGACGACAAACCCAACAGCAGAUAA